AGGCGCCACGGCAACUCCGUACAAACUUCCGGUCAGGAAGAUGGCGGCUAUCUAGAACCCUGUGAUUGACUGGCUGCGGUACCUAGGCUGCAGAGUGGAACCUGGCUGUGUGUCCGCGCGCGAGCUUUGUGUCGCAGUGAUUAAACUUCGAUCCGACUUGCUGCAGCUCUAGCAGGACCCUGGCUUCCGCUGUCCCGUCUCCAUCCAAGCACCCGGGAGCCAUGGAGGUGGCUGAGGCCAACAGCCCCACCGAGGAGGAGGAAGAAGAAGAGGAGGAGGAAGGGGAGGAGCCGACACCCGAGCCCAGGCCUCAUACUCGCUCCAACCCUGAGGGGGCCGAGGACCGGGCUCUGGGAGCCCAGACCAACGUGGGCAGCCGCAGCGAGGGCGAGGGUGAGGCGGCGAGUGCAGAUGAUGGAGCAUCCAGUGUCCCAGGAGCCGGGCCCAAGCCCUGGCAGGUACCAGCACCAGCACCUGAGGUCCAGAUUCGAACACCACGGGUCAACUGUCCAGAGAAGGUGAUCAUCUGUUUGGAUCUUUCAGAGGAGAUGUCUGUGCCAAAACUGGAGUCCUUUAAUGGCUCCAGGACAAACGCCCUGAACGUGUCUCAGAAGAUGGUUGAGAUGUUUGUGCGCACGAAGCACAAGAUUGACAAGAGCCACGAGUUUGCACUGGUCGUGGUGAAUGACGACCCCGCUUGGCUGUCCGGACUGACCUCUGACCCCCGUGAGCUCUGCAGCUGCCUGUACGACUUGGAGACGGCGUCCUGCUCCACGUUCAAUCUAGAAGGUCUCUUCAGUCUCAUCCAGCAGAAGACUGAGCUGCCAGUCACAGAGAAUGUGCAAACCAUCCCGCCCCCCUACGUCGUGCGCACCAUCCUGGUCUACAGCCGCCCUCCCUGCCAGCCCCAGUUCUCCCUGACUGAGCCCAUGAAGAAGAUGCUCCAAUGUCCCUACUUCUUCUUUGACAUUGUUUGCAUCCACAAUGGCACCGAGGAGAAGGAAGAUGAGAGGAGGUGGAAGGAUGUAUUCUCCUUCAUGGGCAGCCUGGACACCAAGGGCACCAGCUACAAGUAUGAGGUGGCACUGACUGGGCCGGCCCUCGAGCUGCACAACUGCAUGGCCAAGCUGCUGGCCCAUCCGCUUCAGAGGCCCUGCCAGACCCAUGCGAGCUAUAGCCUGCUGGAGGAUGAGGAGGCUGGUGAGGGCGAAGCCACCGUGUAACCCGUGGCAUUUCUGCACCGUUCAGGAGCUCUGUGCACCCAUGCCCACUCCUACUGUGUCUGCUAUAAAUUCUUCCUGGGACCAGUUUGUCACCAGAAUAAAAAUCUGAGGCUUCUGA